UCGGCACGAACGGAUGGAAAAAAAUUCUGUGUGAAAAAUUUUUUAAUAACACGCCAAAAAUUAUUCACGUAAAUUUUUUUUGUUGUUUUUGUUUAUCAAAACAGCACUUGAUGCCUUCGUUAAAUGUUAACAAGUGUUGCGCGUAAUUUACAAAGAAAAUUAAAUAAUACAAUUAUUACCAAAACGAAACUAAACACGAUUUAACCACAUCAUCAUGGCAGCUAAUAACAAUAUGCACAACAUGCACAACAUGCAUCAUGGUCUGCCGCCACAACAGACCAACCUAAUGCCAAUGACAAGCGGCGUUAUGCCACAAAGUGUCAUUGCCUCCACGGGCACGGUUAGUCCCAUGGUACCACACAUGAAUAUGCCACAGCAAAAUAAUAUCGCAACCAAUCAGACAGCUUGGGAUCAAUUAACUGCAACUGCAAAUAAUAACACAAACAUCAAUACUUCACUAAUAAUCGGUGGAGGUGGCAGCGGCGGCGUCGGCAUUGGUAUCUUAGGACCCAACAUUAUUUCUUCAACAGCAGCUCCAACUGCAUCCAUACUACAUGAUCCAAAUGCACCGGGUUCCACAAAUAUAAUGACCUCUUUAAUAACCGGAGCCAAUUCUCCAGCAGGUCCCACUUGCUCCUCACCGUCGACUCCCACAAAAUCGGGCCCCUCUCCCAUGGAACAUAUGAUGGCUCAUACACCACAGGGCGGACCACCACCCAUGUAUACAUCGGGUGGCGGUUAUGGCGAAGAGCUAACGGCAGAGCUGGUAAACCAGGGUUGGCGUAAAUUUUGGUCUAAAAGAGAAAACCGUCCUUAUUAUUGGAAUAAAAUUACUGGAGAGUCAUUGUGGGAAAUGCCCGGUGCAAGACCUUUUGAUCCUCUAACCGAUCCUUUGGGUAUAUCACAUCCCGGUGGCCACAUACCGCCACCAAUGCAUCAUCCCCAUCCACACAUGCAGCAACAUCAUCAUCUGAAACGGCGUCCAUCCGAUGAUAUGCACAUGCAUCCUCAUGGUCAUCAGCCACCGCCAAUGAAAAAAUUCAUAUUGUCCGGUCCCUGGGAUCUCGAGGUGUGCACCAAUGCUGUCAUUGUGGAAAGACCACCAACUCUAUUGCCUCAGCCUCAUCCCGAAAUAGAAGCGCUGCGCGCUGCUUACACCAUGAAAUUGGUAAAAACUUACGAAGAUCUUUGUAUGAGGCGAGAGAACAUAAAGGCCCCCAAGGACUCCUUUAAUCGCUGGUUAAUCGAACGCAAAGUUAUCGAUACCGGCUGUGAUCCACUGUUGCCCAGCAAUUGCUUACCCGAGAUUUCAUCAGCCAUGUAUCGCGAAAUCAUGAACGAUAUACCGAUUAAGAUUGUUAAGCCCAAAUUUACCGGAGAUGCUAGAAAACAAUUGUCCCGUUACGCCGAAGCGGCUAAAAAUAUCAUAGAAUCGAGAUCUUCACCAUCCGAAUCGAAGAAGGUGGUUAAAUGGAAUGUUGAAGAUACAUUCCAAUGGCUAAGGCGUACGGUGGGGGCCAGCUAUGAAGAUUUUCAAGAUCGCUUGGCUCACUUAAGGCGACAAUGCGAACCACAUCUAACCGAGACAGUCAAGAGCUCCGUAGAGGCAUUGUGUGCAAAAAUAUAUCAUUUAUCCGCAGAACAUGCACGCAAAAUACGAGAACGUCACAUGCAAUUGUUAAAGGAACAUGGUAUACCCGAGCCAACACCUCCGCCACCACCACCACACCUCAAAAAGGUCUGGUGUUAUCCCAUACAGUUUGCCGUGCCCUCUCCCCGAAUGCCCGCUAUAGAAUAUGUCCAAGAUCGCGAUCACAUGAUUAUCAAAUACACACCAACCGCUUUAAAUCAACCAGAUGCUCAAUACAUAAAUCUAACACAUUUACAAAAGCUGGAACAGCUGUAUCGUCACAAUUGCUUCGAUGACAAGAAAUUCGAUUUGUUUAUUGGUCGUGUGUGGUGUCUGUUGAAACGCUAUCAAACAUUUUUGGGCAAUGUUUUGAAUUCUUCCCAAGAAGCUGAACUAACACAGGCUUCAUUGCCCACACCGGUAUUCGAGUGUUUGCAUCGGCAUUUCGGUGUCACAUUCGAAUGUUUCGCUUCGCCUUUUAAUUCAUAUUUUCGUCAAUAUUGUUCAGCAUUUGCAGACACCGAUGCUUAUUUCGGUUCAAGGGGACCCUUUUUGGAUUUCAAACCAGUUUCGGGUUCAUUUCAAGUUAAUCCUCCUCAUUGUGAGGAAUUAAUAGAUGCGUCACUUUUGCAUAUUGAUAAAUUGCUUUCAGAAACAAUGGAACCUUUAAGCUUUAUUGUCUUCUUGCCGGAAUGGAAAAGUAUUUCCAAAUUGGAGGAGAACAUUUAUAAACGUCGUUCUAUGGUCGUUUUGGGUAUGGCCCAUGAAUAUCGUCAUGGCUAUCAGCAUAUUAUAGCAAAAAGUGAUGUCAGUGUCAAAUGUAUGCAGGGCACUCAAGUGGUAUGGUUGCAAAAUAGUGCCGGCCACGCAUGCUGGGGACCCAAUGAAAACCGUGUCGAAUCUCUACGCGAAGCAUUCCGACCACAAAGAGAUCGUGAGCGUGAACGUGAGCGACAAGCAGCAGCUGCGUCCUCAGCAUCAUCGAACGCAUCACAGCCAUCAACAUCAACACAGGCCUCUGCAAAUGCCACAUCAAUGGGUCACUCUUCAUCAUCAUCAAUAUCUGCAAAUACCACAACAUCGAUGGGAGGUGGAGGCGGUGGCGGUUCCACACCGCAGCAUCAACAAAUUUACACAACUAGUAAUAACAGCACCAUGGGCUUUACACCCUCACCAUCGACCAUAACAACUACAACUACCACACCCACAUGUCUGGCCUCACCCUCGGGAGCCUCAACAUCCAGUGGUAUAUCAUCAAUUAGUUCAUAUGGUGGUAAUCCCGGUAUGUCUCCUUCUCCUUUAUCACCCCAUACACCACCAUCUAAUUAUCAUGCUUCAGCUUCACCAGCUCUAAGUCUACAAAGUGAUUGCUCUUCACCCUCAUCAUCCACAACAUCACUGUCGCCAGCUCCCCUCUUGGACAUGGGUAAUACCACAACAUCUGCAAAUGUUUCCAUAACAGCAACGGCCACAACAUCGGGAACAUCUGCAGCUGCCGCCGCGGCGUUUGCUUCUUUGGUAGCCAGUGGUAAUGCAGGAGUUAAUAAUCCCGCUACAUCAGCACCAGGUGCUAUAACUACUACAGCUCAACAAACUGUUAUUAAUUCAGCAGUUUAAAGAUCCCCCCCAAACAAAGAAAAACAAAAAAAUAUUUUUGAGGUUAGUUUUAACAAUAAUUUUUCUAUUACAAAUUGAGGUUAGGUUUAUUUUCAGUUUAUUUUUUUCGUUCUCAUUGUUUUUUUUUUAUAUUUUGUAUAUAAUUUUCUUUUUUUAGUUUUUUUUUUUAGAAGUUAAGUUUACAAAAAAAAAGUUUAUGAAAAAAACUUAAAAAAACACAACAUUUAUAUUUAUAAACUGCUUUUUUACGUUCUUGUCACAUUUACACAGGUUUUAUGUAAAAAAUGAACAGAUUAUAAAAAAAUUUUGAUAACAAGAACACUUUGCAGAAAAAUCUGUUCAAAAACCUGAAAAUCUGACUGAUAUCGGAGAAAAGAGCACACAUUUUAUGGGUGUGUUAAAGUUAAAUUUGAAUUCGAAGUUAUUUUGGGAAAUCGUAACCCAAAAUUGUUAAAAAAAAGAAUCAUGCUUAUGAAAAAUUAUCGUUGUUGCAGAAAGCUAAAUAUUAACUUCAACAAUUUGAAUUUGAAAUUACUAGGGAAAAUCGUAACGAAGAAAAUAGUUUCGAAAUACAAUGUAUAAAGCAUAGAGAAUAAACGCACUUAUCAAAGACCUAACUCUAAACCCUAAGUGGUAAUAAUAUAAAAUGAAAUUGCAUUUUUGUAAGCAGAACAAAAUGCUUAUUAUUGUUAUAUUUGUAUGAGAAUUUUAAAAAAUGUUCACUGGUUUUGCAAGAUCUCUUCCUAGAAAAGUUUAAAAUAGUAGAAGGUAUAUACUCUAUACAUCUUUUUGUGUGGGGCCAUUGUGUCUCUAGAUGUAUUUGUUAUUAUUUUCGUUUUUUAUUUUAAAUACUAUUUAUUAGAUUUUAAUAAUUUGUUUUAAAAUUAACCUAAAUCAUUGAAAUUGUUCCUUCCGGUGCGUACAUUAUUCAUCAAGGAAUCACUAGAAAUUAUUUUUUUUUUAUUAUCGUAGAAAACUGUAAAUUCGGGUUUGUUAUAAUUUUAUUAAGAUUUCAUAUAUAUGAUUAGUUUGAACUAAUCAUCUGAUACAGAUGUUUCAGUUUUGUUUCACUUCAGUUUAAUUUUUUACGCUCUUGAUGUGAGUAUUGUUUACGAACGUGCUAUGUACAUGUAAAGUGCCAAAAAUUUUCGAUCGCGCGACCAUUUUCCGGCUAGAUCUAGCGAUUUUAUUUUCAUUUAGCCAUAAAAAAUGGCUAGAUUUAAUCUAGCCGGAAGAUCUAGCCAUUUUAUUUUGUCUUAGCCAUUUUUAUUUUAUAAUUUUCCUAAACAUUUUUGGAUUUUUUUAAAAAUAAAACAAUAUUUUUUAUCAAAUGACAAAGAAACUUUUUAAACAAAUUCGUCUAUUGAUGAUUUGAUGAGAAUAUUAUUGAUUUUAUGAAAACAGGCUUCGAAAUUGUUUCCAAAGCAAACGCAUCAGGCAUAAUCAAAAACUAAUUUUGCAUUUUUUCAAUGGAUCCGAUUUUGAAUGUAAGUGCCCAGAAAUUCGUUUAAUUUAUCAAAAAGGAAAAAAAAUAUUGAUAUUACAAUCUUUAUCCCCAUUUUCUCAAUCUCUGGUUAUUUUUAUGGUGACGAUAUACUGACAGUUCUCAUACAAAAAUUCUAUUAAUUGGAAGUAUGUGUAUCGUUACGAAAAACGAUAACCGGAGAUUGAGAAAAUGGGGGUUAAUCUGCUAAACCUCAUUAACACGAAGUCGGUAAAAAUUAUUUUUGAAAACUGUCAGAGUAACUAUUAGUUAACACAUAACCAGACUUCGUGGUAAUGGGGGCAAGAAAUGUAAUAUUUAUGAAUUUGUAUUCAGUUAUUUUUUAGCCAUUUUUAAUUCAAAAUCUAGCCAUUUUCUGAGCUGAAGAGUUGGCAACCUUGCGCGCGACACUGGUCAAAAGAGUAAUUUUGUUUAAUUUUUGUCAUUGACAUUUUUAUUUUCACUUGUAUGUAUUUAUUUUAUGCCAUUCUAAUGAAAUUACACACCGAAAAUUUAACAUGUGUUUUGUUGUAACAAAAACAAAAUAUAUUUUCAAAAUUAUUCUCAGAAAUUUCACGAUUGUGUUAUUUGACUGGGUUUGUCACUCUCGUAGUUUUAAUCGGUCAACAUUUAAUAAUGUCUAUAGUUUUAUAAAACGAUUUAAGAACUCCGACUAAGUUGCAUCUGAAAACAAUGCGAAAUUCGUUUCGAAAGAGAAUUUUUUCAAAUCAGAAGACAUGUAAAUGUAAACUAAUUUAAAUCACUAGAUUAUUAUUGAGCAUCUUAAUUCUUCAAGGAUAUAAAAUAUCAAUUUGUAUAAAAUCGUUUAGUAGCUCCAGUAGCCAUUCUACUUUUGACUUUCUAUAGCUGAAAAAAGCUAUCGAAUCCAAUCAUUCAAUUGGCAACAAAAAUGAUACUGUAUCAUUUAAAAGGACACUUAUAAAAAAAUUCGCGUAAUUUCUAAAAAAAAAAUUCGAUUAGAAUCCGUCCAUUUAAAUUUUUUACAUACUAAGAGCUAGUUUUUGGGAUACAUUACAUUCUUUGUUUACACCUAGCUUAAACUAAAAAUUGAGUUUCUCAUUUAUUGUUAAUUUAGUUAUAAUCUAGGUUUAACUGACAUCAUUGCCGAAUUAAACCUAAGUAAGAACUGUCAAAAAAAAACAGCUUAAAAAUAAAAUAAACUAUUCAGCAUAGCAGUUGUUUAAUUGAUACUAGGAUCGCCUGGUGGCCAAAAUUCUACCAUUUUUAAAACGCUUUUUACCACUUUUAUGGAAUUUUUUUUAUAUUGUGCGCAUCUAGAGAAAACAACCUUUUUAAACCAUAUAUAUUUCAUCAAUAUUGGUGGACAAUAACACACUUAAAAGUGUACCACAAAAAAACGUGUGGCCUAUUUAUAUAUAAGAAGAUAAGAUGCUUUAUUAACGUCAAUAUAAUAAUGGCAAUGCUAACCAAAUUGACAGCUUGUAAUCCAUAAAUGAGAAACACAUGUCCGCCUAAAUUUGUUUCACGUUUAAUUUAACAGCGUGUUAAUCUAAGUUUAACUGAUAAGUAAAAAAAACUAGCACUAAAUUAAACUAUUCUGAACCAAGUUUAACUAAUGAUCAGAAAACAGUCAUAUUUACCCCGUACGAUUUUGCAAAGCGAUUUCAGAAUAAGGAGGCUUCAUUUGGGAGAGAUUUUUGUGUUUUUGUCUUGAAUUAGAUUAGUUAAACUAAAAAUAAAUCUAAUCUAACGUUAACACAUUUUGAUGUUUUUAGGUUCUAGUUGAAACUUUGACUAUUGCCAUACAGAAUGUCUGAAAAUGUCACAAUUUGUUAUCAAAACCAUUGAGAAACAUAGAGCGGAAACUAGAAAAAAAACUCAAACAAAACAAAUAAUCACACAUACGAGUUUGUUUUUGUAUUCUCAUAGCUUUUUCUACUAAUACAUUCUAAUCACUUAGGUAUCUGACAAUUGCUAUUCUCUAUUAUCAAAACACAGAAAUUUAUGAAGAAGAUCAAAUGAAUAUAAAUGGAAAAUCACGAAAACUUAAAUGAAAAUAAAAAAAUUAUUCAAAUAUUAUAUUUUCAGGUCACUAAAAUCUUCAACUGUACUGGAAUAAUAAAUAUUUUGUUUGUUUUCAUAAAAAAUUCUGUUUAUCAGGCCUGUCACACAUUUUGUUCGGAAUGGUUUUAAUUCCGUAGUUUUUAUUCCGAUCGAUUUCGUUUUAGAUUCUUCAGAUUCCGAGUAAUUUAUUAAUUCCAAAAAUAUUUAAUAAUUCUAUAUUUCUGAUUUAGAUUUGACAGCUUUUCAUACAUACAUAUAUUAAAACAAAAGGGAAGCUUUUGCUGCAGAAAUUGAUUAAAAAUUUUAGAAAAACAAAUAAUUACAAAGAAAUAUCGAUUCCACUUUGAAAAAUGAAAGUGGUUUCAUUCCGAAAGAAAUUUUCGUUUUACUUUUUCUGAAGAAGCAAAAUACGGAAUUAAUUCCACUUUCGAUCGGAAUGGAAUUCUGUGACAAGCCUGUAUAUUUAUAUUUCAUCAGCUUUUCGUACUUUGGGAUUUUUUGCAAAUAUUAAAACGCCAAUAUCGUUUGCUUAAAGUACGAGAAGCAAAUAAAACAAAAUAAUCGACGACCCAAAAACAAUAUUCGUAGAUUGAACUUAAAACUUGCCCUUGAUAGAAAAUUUCAUAUAAGAAGCAACAUUGUAUAAAUCCCGCUUCUUUAAAUUAUGUUUUUUAUUUCAAAACUGAAUUUUACCGCUGUUGUUUCUAUUGUACCAUAAUAUGUCGUAAAAUCUAACCGUGUAAACCCACUUUUUAAAUUGUAUUAAAGUUAUAAAUGGAUAAACGGGUUAGAGACAGAUAUCGUCCUAUGCAAUUAACUAACGUGGAUUUGUUCAAACAUUUUCUAAACUUAGACAAAAGAAAGUGAUUUUAAUUUUUCGAAUUCAAAUUUAAAUUUAACUCACCAAAACUACAAAUAAGGACAAAGUAAAACAAAAUAUUUUUCGUGGCAAUUUUAAUGCUUUAAGUCUUUUUUUAUUAUUAUUAUUAUUAUUUAAUAUUAUACAAUAUAUAGAAUAUUUUCUUUUUUAUUAUUAUUUAUAAAAUAUUUCUUUAUAAAUUUAAUUUAUAUAUACAAUAUAUUUAAAAAAAAUCACAAUUAAAUGUAGGCAAACAUAAAACAUUUCAUGAUUAACAAAAUAUUAUUACAAAACAAACAACAACAAAAAACAGCUCAUUUUGAAUGUACAAAAAUAUUAACAAAACUCUUUAUAAAACAAAAGACCCGCCCUGAAUUGUUAGGAAAAUAAAACUAAAACUCCCUCUUAACUAAAAUUUCAAUAUUUGCAAAAUUAAUAAACAAAAAAAAAAUGAAUUAAAAUAAACUUUCAUAAACACUUAAAACCGGUUUUUUUUUGCAAAUUGAAAUAACAAAUUAAAUAAAUUAAAAUUUUAGAUAUUUGUUUAAAAUGUUAUUUUAAAUUGUAAACCAACAACUUAAUAUUUAUGUCAUUAUAUUAAAAAAUAAAAUCCGAUUUAUUAGACAAAUUGUAAAAAAACAAAUAUUUAAUAAUUACAAAAUGAAAUUAAUAUUAAAAAUAUUAAAAAAAAAUAUUUAGCAACAAAAAAUUAGUUAAUAAGAGUAAAUAUAAUCCAAAACCCACUCCCAAAAAAAAUCUUCAUAGAGCUUUAAAAAGCUUUUAGCAAAAUAACUGGAAAUAUAUGAAAAGAAAAUAUCAUUAAAUAAUAUCAAAUGCAUACAUACAGGUAUGUCACAGACAUCAAAUUCUUGCGAAAGUGAGAACUUAAACGUAUUUAGCUUCUAUAGAAAAACAAAAGAUUUCAAUUUCACAUUUUUCACUUUUAAAAGUGCCAAAUAAAUAUUUCUUUCAUAAGCUUAGCAAGUUGCCCCUUAAGGCAUGUAAAGUUUUUGUAUCAGAACCAAAGCAUUACGAAUUGCAACAUACGAUUAUUUUCACUUUCGUAAAAUUUCUAUGACACACCUGAUAAUUAACUAUAGUAUAUCAUCACCACAAUAUGAAAAUAAUUGUUCUUAAAGAAAAAUAAACUUUUUUAAAUCAUAAUGAAAAAAAAAACACCACAUAAUUCCUAUUUAAACUAAAAUAAUUAUAAACAUAAAUCACUUGAAUUCAUAAUGUUAAUUGUAUAUCCUUCCCCCCUUCAUUACAUUAUUUUCUUUUUUGUUACAAAUAUUUCCUACAGCAAUAAAAAAUAUUCAAAACAUUUAUUUUUUUUAAUAACAACUUGUUGGUCUCUUUAUUUAUUUUGUUCAACAUUAUUUUUUAUUUGAAUUUUACAUAAAUAUAACAACAACAAAAACACACCUUUAUAAUUCAACUUAUAUUUUAGAAAAAAUUUUAGCAAACAAAUUUUGAAUAAUAAAAAAAAAUACUGUUGGAGCCCCAAUAUUGAAUAGAAUGAAAUAAAUUAUUACUAUUUGUUAAAAACGUAAACCUAAUAAACGAAAUGAAAAAUAUAAAAAAACAAAUUAUUUCAUCUUAUAAAAGAAAAAUAUAAACAACAAUAAUAAAAGGUGUAGUUCUAAUCGAAA